UACGAGAUAAUUGGCUGACGAUUAUCGAAAUAUAAACUACGCUGAAUUCUCUUUACUUUUAAUAUUGAAUAAGUUAUAAAAGAUAUAUUUAAUUAAAUCGUAUCUGAAAUUAUUGAUAGAAUACCAUGGCUAAUAAAACAGUAAUUUUAGCAUACAGUGGUGGUUUGGAUACAUCUUGUAUUCUUGCUUGGUUAGUCGAAAGAAAGUAUAAAGUGAUAGCAUUUAUGGCUGAUGUUGGCCAGGAUGAAGAUUUUACUGAAGCUUACAAUAAAGCAAAGAAUUUAGGUGCAACGAAAGUGAUUAUCGAAGAUUUAAAGGCCGAAUUUAUUACAGAAUUUAUUUGGCCCGCUGUUCAAGCUGGAACAAUAUAUGAAGGACGAUAUUUAUUAGGAACUUCUUUAGCACGACCUUGUAUUGCGAGAGCGCUCAUUAAGCUUGCAAAAGAAGAAAAUGCAUCUUACGUAGCUCAUGGUGCUACAGGAAAAGGAAAUGACCAAAUAAGAUUCGAAUUAACCUUUUAUACUCUCUUACCGUCAAUUAAAAUUUUAGCUCCUUGGAGAAUGGCUGAAUUUUACAAUUGUUUUCGAGGAAGACAAGAUUUGAUUUCUUACGCAAAAAAACACAAUAUACCUAUUUCAAUUACACCCAAAGCUCCAUGGAGUAUGGAUGCUAAUUUGAUGCAUAUAAGCUAUGAAUCUGGCAUUCUUGAAGAUCCUAGCAAAACAGCUCCAGAUGGAAUAUUUACCAUGACAACCGAUCCUCAAAAUUGUCCUGAUGUUGCUGAAAAGCUAGAAAUUUAUUUUGACAACGGGAUUCCAAUAAAAGUAAUUAAUAUGGGAGAUGGAACGAUAAGAGAAGGACCGCUGGACAUGUUUUUAUAUUUGAAUGAAGUUGGAAGCAAACAUGGAAUUGGUAGAAUAGAUAUCGUAGAAAACAGAUAUAUUGGAGUGAAAUCAAGAGGUUGUUACGAAACACCAGGUGGAACGAUUCUCUUUGAAGCUCAUUUAGAUUUGGAAGUCUAUGCCAUGGAUCGGGAAGUUUUAAAAUUGAAAAAUUACUUAACUUCGAAACUUUCAGAACAAAUAUAUAAUGGAUUAUGGUUCAGUCCAGAAUGCCAAUAUACAAGAAUGUGCAUAAGGCAAAGCCAACACACAGUGACGGGAGUUGUGGGUUUAUCUUUAUUUAAAGGAAAGAUUUCCAUUCUUAACAGACAAUCACAAAAGGCAAUUUACAAUCAAGAACUUUCCAGUUUGGAUAUGACCGAUAAAUUUACACCAGAAGAUGUCGAAGGAUUCAUUAGAAUUAAUGCUCUUAGACUUAAAGAAUAUCAACGAGUUCAAAAAACUAAUGAAUAAAAAGUUGAAGAUGAAUAUCAAUUGAAUUAAAUCUAAUCAUAACAAACUCUUAUAUACAGGAGAUAUAAUCAAGAUUUAAAUGAUAUGUUACUUUACUAAAUGUUUAAGUUUUAAAUAAGACUACCACUUCCAAAACUUAGGAAAAACUGGUCAUCCGAAAGCUGAGUGUGAGAAUAAAUUUUAUUUAAAAACUAA